AUGACACCUGUCCUGAAGAGUUUUGACCGACUGUCAAUGAAGAAUCUACAGCGACGAGGAGCGCUCUGCAUCGAUCUUAGCUCGAGAGACAAUAGUGAUGAGUUGACGUCCAAGCGUACUUCGUUACCGCACACCUUGUCUCCAAAGGCACCAAACCGAAACGAUACAUGGAUCAUAGCAAUAAUCACGCUAUUUCCAUGA